GUGGUAGACAGACUGGAAAGACAAUACCUGGCAAACAAAAUCAUCAAAUGGAUAUUACCAAUGCCGGACUUCUUGCCCCCCCAUGUGGGAACGAUGACUAUAGUCUUGGAAGUGAAGGCCGACGACCCACCGGUCUUCCCUCCAAUGUGGGAAUUCCAACUCCAGGACAGGGUGCAGGAAAUCACGGUCUCCACUAAAACGUCCCCUAUCUGCUUUAGAUGCAGAGAAAGGGGCCAUGUGGGAUCGGAUCCCCCGUGCCCCAAGUACCCAAAGAAUCAGAAGGAGAAGAAGUUGCUUCCCAACAAGCUGGUCGAGGUAGAGGGUGCUCCGAGGACAUGGUACAUAGUUGAUCCCAUGUAUGAUGGCUGGGUCUUCGACGAGAACCUGGAGGAACCGGAGUGGGUGUGGCAUUUCACAGAUAAGGAACCAACGACGAAGAAACCCGACAUCUUCCCUCUGGCAGAUAGCGGAUGGCAGAAAAAGGCCACAGGGAAAGAGACAGACAACCCAGCGAAGAUCAGAGCAGUCCCGAUCAAUGACUCCCGGGUCAUUCUGGAGGAAAAGACAAGAGAGAACCUGAUCUGGGACUUGGAUCUGCUGGAUCAGACAGUUCUGGACGCAUUGCCUUUGGUAUUGCGAAGAGAGCUGGAGCAUGCUUAUGAAGAGAGAGAACGUGGAGGCAGUAGUUCGGGCAGGGGAAGAGCUCUGCCUGCUGGAGGAAACAGGCGUGGUGGUCCCCACGCAGUUGGCCGCCCAAUUGUUGGAGAAUAUACGCAUCCCAGACGGGGCAGACCUCCUGCAGCUGGCCCCGGUGGAAGAACAAGAAGACUCCCUCCACGGUUCUCAUCGGCGAGUGUUGCGGAGCAGGCUCGUGCCCUGGUGCGCUCUAUGAGGGGUACUGGAGCAGCAAGCAGUGAAAGGAUAGACGGACGUGUUCCCGUACAAACUCGAGCAUCCGUCUCUCUGCAAGACCAGGAAUCUGGGGGAUCUACACUUCCAACAAGAAGAAGUGAGCAGCCCGGCAGUGGCGGCGGCACUGUUGCACGCGAUCCAUUGGGCAUGAUGAAUCGCGCACCAACACGUCAGAUGGUUGAAAGCAGGUCAGAUGGAAAAGAUCAACCACCAGUACCUCUCCCCGAGAACUCCAAUCCAAACAGCAGCAAGGACAACCCAAUCGGACAAAGCAUUGCGACACCAAGGCAGGAUGAAAUUCAGCAAAAUGCCAUGAGCGAUGGCGGUACCGCCGGGAAGGCAGCACAUGUUCAUGAAGACAGUGGUUCAGAUGGUCUGGUCGUCACGCGGUCAAACAGCAACACUGAUAAUCGACAAGUGGGUGUGGGGGGAGGGAUGAAUCUGGGGAUGAAUCUGAGAAGUGAAGAGAAAAGGCCACAACUCAAGGUGCAGGGAGGGAGAGAAGGGGGGACCACGAACAUGCUCCCGGAAGCUGCAAGCAGUGACUCCAGUGAUCUCCAUAGACAUUUGAGAAAACCACUGAUCGGUAAGGACCAACAGGAGGGGGUGAACAGUGUUGGCCCUGAUGGUAGUGGUGGAGGAGCUUCUAGUGAUCGCCAGGCGGACGCUUCUAGCAACUACCAGGCGGAGCAGAGGCACAAGGCCGGUGAAGGCACAGGGGGGGUUUUGGCCUCGGGUUAUCGAAUGGAUCAGCGUCCCGCAUUCUCCCCGCUGUCAAUGUCUCAGGUCGACAAGCAUGUUCUAGCCGAGCUUCCGACUCCUAUACGCAUGGAAGUGGUCCACGGUAUUGCCCCUCACAGGGAUUGGACAAAUGCUGCCAACAGAAGCAUGCUCCCGAAAGCUGCAAGUAGUGACCCCAGUGAUCUUCAUGGAUGUCUGAGGCAGCCCGUAUCGGGUAGUGACCGUCAGGACGGAGUCAACACUGCUGGCCAUGAUAAUACAGCUAGAGGAUCUUCUAGCGACCACCAGGUGGACACUGCUUCUACCGACUACCAGGCGGAACGGAGCCACAAGACCGGCGAAGUCGCAGCAGAUGUUUCGACCCCAAAUCGUCAAAUGGAUCAGCGUCCCUCAUUCUCCCCACUGUCAAUGUCUCAAGUCGACAAGCAUGUUCUAGCAGAGCUUCCCACUCCUAUACGCAUGGAAGUGGUCCAUGGUAUUGUUCCCCACAGGGAUAGGAGAAAUGCUACCAACCACCAUGGCAGAGAAAGAGUUCUUCCCAGUGACAGUCGGAUAGAGAAGACGAAUGUCACUCCCAACAGCCGGCAUGCAAGGGUCGAGGACUCGUCAAGUGGAAUGGACAGGCGGUCAGCGUUCUCCCCUCUGUCGAUGUCUCAGGUGGACCAGAGUGUUCUUGCAGAGCUUCCCACUCCAGUGCGUACGGAUGUGAUGCGAAAUCUCUCUCUUCACCGGGUUGGUAGAAGAGAAGGGUCUCCCCAAGCAGAAGGACGCAUCCGCAAUCCCCCAUCGCCGCCAUCGGUGCCUUGCCAUACUGGUGGAAGGGAUAAUCCUCUUAGGGGUGUGGAGGGUAAACCAGGAUCAGAAGGAAUUUCAGAGAGAGGAGAAACUAUCGCCGAGGCUCUGGAACAUGUUGAUCUGUGGGAGGGUACCACCACCCCCAAGUGGAUGCAGCUUUGUCGCAGCGGGCUCCGAUCCCUCCAACUGAUGAUGACAGCUGUGGAAACAGGGUUUCCUCACCAUCCCUGGAGAAAUGGACUUCAGCUUGCAAGGGAGAUCCAGGGAUCGAAUCCACACGAGAGCGGAAUCUCUUUGUCAAAGUUGCUGAAGCAGCUUGUAUUGGCACCUCCUUCCGUUCCAGUUGUGCCAGAGCUAGAUAGCAAUGAUGAAGAUGGAGAGCGAAGAACGCAACUACCUGUAGAUUCUGGUAGGUCAAGAACUGAAUGUAAAGAUUAUCAUCCUGACCGCACCGCUGCAGGUGGUCAGGAAGCUGCUGCUGUCGCUGCCGCUGCUGGAGAUAUGUCCGCCGAUGCCAUCGGGGUGUACACCCGACUGAUCAUAGAUUUUGUCCAAGCCAUCGUCAAAGAGGACCUUGAAGAGAUCCAGAGUGUGAUGCAGUUCCUACACAGGUUGGGAACGAAAUGGGAGUUCUGGAGGAAGGUGGAGUUACAAGCCACUCCUGUGGUGCAGGCUGUCGUGUCCGAAGAAUAUGGUGGAGCUCUUGCCCUCCCAAUGUAAGAUUCUGCUCGGACGUUUAUAAUAAUACUUCACAUCACCGGAAGACAUUCGCGGUUUCUCCUCAAGAAACGUAUUAUAUAGGCUGUACCAGAAACUGACAAAUAUUAUAUUGUUCUUAUGCUGGGAAUAGGCGGAAGGUUGUCCUUCGGGACAUCUGCUAAAAUUGGAACGAGACAGAAAAGAUUAGCAUAGCCCCGGGCCCUGGCACAUAAAACUGCCAUAAAUCAAGAAAUAGUUCAAAU